UGUACUGAACUCUUGUUAUUCAACUAUGCCGAGGUAAAUUCAAUUUUCCAUUCUAUGGCACCUUUAAAUAAAUAGAACCGAAUGUCAGGGCUUUAUGAGUCAUAUGUAAACCUGUAGAUUCAUCUGAAACUCACACACAUGUUUAUUAUGUGUUAAAAUUGUAAUCUUAGUUCAAAUGGAACAUUAUGUAUUAUUACAACUGUAUACAUUAUUUAAAUAAGCAUGUAUAUAUUGUCUAAUGCCCAGGUGGCAUAAGCAAAAGCAGGCUGUGUAGUUGAAAUGGAGAUAAUAUUUUGCAAAAGAAAAGAAGCCUGUUCUCGAUGCUAAAUAUUAUAAUAUUUGUAUUAGAUAUUUGUGAUAUUUAUCUAAUAAAGGGACUUUUCUACUACGACGUCGGAGCGCAAAAAUAUGAUUUCUCUGCAUGGCAAGCCAUCUUGCAAACACAAUGGUAAAAACAACAACAAUAGGCAGCAUAUUCCCCGAACCUGCAGCUCCUGUCAAAAAACAACCAGAGCGUUAUUUCCGGCGUGACGAUCGAGUCUGUCCCAAAAAUACCUCUCAAUGUGCCCUCGUGGACUCGCGCCAAGGGCCCUAUAGGUCUGCACUACAUGACGUCACCAAAGUGUGGACUCUGAGGAAGUCCACAAGUCCGGAGUGUGCCAUUUGGGACAGGGCCAAGGAGGAAUCUCCCGUCAGGAUUUGUUUCUCUCAGUCUUUCAGGUUUUGGAAGCAUAAACUCUCUCUCUCUUCUUCUUCAGCAGUAUUUCAGACGUCAUGUAACUUCAUUAUUCAGUCACUGUUAAACUUCUCCGUUUAUAUUCAGCAGGUUUUGUUUGUAAAUGUCGUCAGUCGGAUGGGUGUGGCUCAGUAUUAAUAGAGAAAUAGAGAUAGAGAAAUCAGAAUUUAGUUGGAAUCUACAACAAUAUGAAGAACUAUUCAAAAAUCUCCCUGUUUUUAUUUAUAAUCUGUGUGUUUGGAGCUGAUGAAGAUGAUGUGAAGAGUGUGUCAGUGAUGGAGGGAGAUUCUGUCACUCUAGACACUGAUUUAACAGAAUUUAAUCAUAUAAAUUGGCUAUUUGGAGAUUCAUACUCAUUCAUUUCUAAAUCUGAUGGAAAUGAGAUCUCAUAUCCCCUCAAUGACACCGAGAGAUUCAGAGACAGACUGAAGAUGAAUAAUCAGACUGGAUCUCUGACCAUCAACAACACGAGAAUCACAGACUCUGGAGAUUAUCAUCUACGGAUUGAUCAUGACUAUGUGACCUCAAAGAAGAAAUACAGAGUUACUGUCAAUGGAUCAUCUGUUUCAGAUUCAGCUCUGUCUCCAUUUGCUGUAGCAGCAAUAGUUGUUGUCAUUCUGCUGGUGUUUGCUGUUGUUAUCUAUUGCUGUAAUAACUCUAAACAAGAGGGGCAAAACCCUGUGACUGAUGAAGAGAAGACUGAAUCCACCAAAGAGGAUGUUACAAACUACCAAUCAGCAGCAGCAGAGGAUCCAAAUACAAGAUAUUCAGAGUUAUUACACAUGGUUCCAGAGGAAAAAAUGCAAAUGAAUUUGAGAGAUUCCACUGUUGAGUGAAGAAGAUCCGGGUUCAGUAUGUUAAGGCUUGUCCACAAGUGCCCUAUCAAAACAUUUAGUCAUUUUUACACUCAUGACAAGAGAAGUUUUCAUUUAUCAGACUGUAUAUAAAUGUUCAUGACCAUCAAGUGCCACAUUCAGUGAGUCGACGUCAAUACCUUUUUCCAGAGUAAACGAUGAGUGUCUCCAUUACAAAUUCUAACUUCUGAUUGGAUGCUCUCCUGUUCCGGUCUCCAUAGGAACCCGUUCAUCUGUUUUCAGUGUAGCUUCAUGUCGUCGACACACUCAUUAAACUUUGACGGGUGAAACACUGACACAAGGCGGUCAUUGAGACACUGUAAAGUGAUGGUGCUAUGGAGCCAUGUGCUUUUUAAACAAUUUAAAAGCCGCUUGUGACACCUGCUGGUGAGGAUGACUAACAGCAGAUGGAGAUCAUGAUGGAGCGAAAAAAACCUGUUGAAUAUUUUAGGUUGUAUUUUUAAACAGACUGAAAAUGUUGAAAGUGAUAUCUGAAAGGUGAAUAUGAAUAUUCAAGUUUUGAAAACGUGUGAAAUGUUUUGAAUUGAAAUAUUCACAGCUUAAGUAUACGGCCACGUUGAAUUUCAGCCUAUAAAAAUACAAGCCCUAAAAAUACAUUAAAAUGCAAGCAUGGCUAGUGCAAUGCACUUUUUUUUUUUUUUUUUUCAAUUAGUGCAAUUCAACAAGCUUUUUAUUUCAAAAACAUUUGGCAUUAAUAAACUUACAUAGUUUUCAAGCGCACUUAUCUGAAGCUUUUCUUAUCUUGAAGGUUUUGCACCAUGCCUGUCAUCAUAGAUAUGCAUUUCAAUUCACUAACUUGCAAUUCGAUUCGAUAUCAGUUAUUUAUGGAUAUACUGUAUAUCUGGUACAGUACAUGGCAAAUUUUCUCAAGAAAAAAAAAAACUCAGCUAAUGCUUUAAAAUAUACAUGGGAAUCAGUUGGUACUACAGUAAUAUUGAAGGUUAAAAUUAACUGAUUUGUAUACAAACUUAAAUAAAAAAAAUAAAAAAUUUAAGGAUAAACCUUUAAGGACAUUUUUAUAAUAGGCUACAAAAGUUAUAAUAGGCUUUUGAAAAAGUUAUUUUUACUCCAAAAAUAUAAACAUUUAAAUGGUGGCUGGCAACUUGACGGAUU